CUUUGAUCUCCCCACAAGAUAUAAUUUCUUUUGAACACUAGGCUAUAAAACUUUGAUCUCCCAAUAACAGAUAAUUUCUUUUGAACACUAGACUAUAAGCUAAGUGGCGGAUGAUAUAAGUAGAUUCGUCCAACCCAAGCUAAAAUUGUAGAUUCGUGAGUGUGAGCCUGGUAUGUAUAUCAGUGGAAAUCAGUUGUAACAGCGAGUAUACCCAUUUAUGUGUUUAGGGUUUAAACUUUGAGAUAAACCCCAGACGGUAUUUGUUGGAACAAGAUGAAACUCUGUCGUUUAACGUUACGCGCACAAGGUGUUUGCCGAAAUGCCUCAAAGAACUUCAGCUCAUUCUCAACCAAAUUGCCCUUACAAACAUCAUCACCAUCACUUACCCAAAGGAAGAACAAGAAUUCAUCACAUGGGUCACCAACAUUUUCCAACAAAACCGAAUCUGAUUCAUCACUUUACAGAAGAAUCUCACCAGUAGGUGAUCCUGAUCUUUCAGUCGUACCAGUUCUGGAUCAGUGGGUCAGUGAAGGGAGGAAAGUUGAUAAAGAUUCUCUUGAUGGAAUUGUUAAAUCUUUGAUGAAGUUCAGAAGAUUCACACAUGCCCUUGAGGUAUUAGAGUGGAUGACUGAUAAACGAUACAUACCCCCUACAAAGGGUGACAUUAGGGACAGACUACAUUUGAUUUAUAAAGUUCAUGGUUUAGAGAAAGCCGAGGAGUUCUACAAUAACAUUUCACAAGUAUUCAAAGGAUUUCUUAUUGAUAUCUGCCUUCUUAACAUCUAUGCUCUUGAAAAGUUAGAGGAUAAAGCAGAGGCCAUGAUGCAAAAGUUACGUGAUUCAGGGCGCAUAUCGACUCCUUUGCCCUUCAAUAUCUUGUUAAAUCUUUAUUACAAUGUUGGAAAGUGGGAGAAAAUGGAUGCGAUAGUUAAUGAAAUGGAAAAUGCCGGGUUUUAUCAAGACAAAUACUCAUUCACCCCUCGGUUACGUGCUUAUGCGGCUACUGGUAAUAUCGAAGGGUUAAAUAAGAUCAUGGAGAUCAUGGAAGCCGACUCACGUGUUGGUAUGGACUGUGAGACGUAUCUUAUUGCUGCAAAUGCGUUUUUGAAAGCCGGGUUGGGUGAGAAAAGUUUUGAAUUACUAAAAAAGGUAGAAAAUUUGGCGUUAACCACAAAGGGUAGACAUAAAACACUCCAUACCGUGCUUUACACGUAUGCAAAGUUGGGAAAGAAAGGUGAAGUGGAUCGAAUUUGGAAGAUUUUAAAGAAAGAAAAGAUAUAUAAUGUUGGUUAUAGAAAUAUGAUUAUCUCGUUGCUGAAAUUAGACGACGUUGAAGGAGCCGAGACGGUCUUCAAAGAAUGGGAAAUGCAGGGUUUGUCUUAUGAUUUUCGUAUACCAAAUGACUUGAUCGAUGUUUAUGUUAAAAAUGGCGAAUUGGAGAAGGCAGAAGCUGUUUUGAAUUCUGGUAUUGAGAAAGGGGGUACUCCUAAGUUUCAUACAUGGUAUAGUUUAAUGAUCGGGUAUAUCGAGGUUGAUCAAGUCCUAAAAGGUGUCGAAGCAUUAAAGAAUGCAGUAUCGAAUUAUUAUGUUUCGCCUUAUGAGGAACCCGUUAAGGAUAAGUUAGCGAUCGUUAUGGAGUAUUUGGAAAGAAAGCGUAAUGUGGAGGAAAUGGAGGGAUUUAUGAAGUCGUUGGUCGCGGAAGGUGUCGUUUCUUCAACUGUGUGUGCACGACUAUUUGAUUUCAUCACGAACAUGACUUCAUCACCGUAAGAAAUGUUUCAGAUUGCAUCUAUUCUUCAGGAUAUAUGAGUGUAACGACUUGUUUUAUUCCUUAUAACCGAAAGAACUUGUUACUCUGAAAACUUAUGUGCCGUACUAAUAUUCAUAUCUAUGUGGUUUUACUUGACCAAGAAAGGCAUGUUUUCAUUAUAUUCAACUAACAUUAUGGUGAUUUGAGUUGGAAGGCUUUUGCCAUUUUCUAACCUAAA